AUGCAGAUGCCCUUGUCCGUCCCCGUGCCUAUGCAGCAAGCAGCCGGCACGGUGGCGAAGCGGCGGUCGUCGACUAAGGACCGGCACACCAAGGUCGAAGGGCGGGGCCGCAGGAUCCGAAUACCCGCAACCUGCGCCGCUCGGAUCUUCCAGCUGACCCGGGAGCUGGGCCACAAAUCGGACGGGGAAACCGUGCGGUGGUUGCUCGAGCACGCGGAGCAGGCCAUUAGAUGGGAUGGUUAG